GUUUAUUUUCGUCCGCGUUAUUUUUCUACCGGAACUCGGUUGGUAUUAGCACGCCGUCGACGCUUCGCUGCCGCUGUUGAACUUCUAUGGAAAUGGCUGAGCAAGUCGCGGCCAAUUGCGAGGUAUGCCACGCCCCCACCGAGCGCAGAUGUUCCGGCUGCAAGGCAGUCUUUUACUGCUCUCCGGAGCACCAAAGGAACCACUGGUCCGCGCACAAGCGAGACUGUGGUUCGUACGAAAUACGUCACUGCAAGGAGUUGGGCCGCUACAUGGUAGCCAAGAGAGAUUUGGAGCCUGGGGAUGUGAUUUUCGUAGAUUCGCCCCUAGUGGUCGGCCCCAAACGAGACGAACACGCUCCCCUAGUAUGUGUGGGUUGUUGCAAGUUGCUCAAGGACGUGAUUCAUCGUUGCCCGGAAUGCCUCUGGCCCGCUUGCGCCUCAAACUGCGAGGGGUUGAAAAAUCCCUCGCUGCAUGCGUGCGAGUGCCAAGUGAUCAAGUUGCAGGGGGCGGACCCACUUCUUUGUCGAUUGGACGUUUUGAUCGUCCUGAGGGCCUUGUUCCUGCAAAAAACCGAUCAGAAAAAGUGGAAGACGCUUUUGAGCCUGGAAGAUCAUUUGGAGGAGAGAAGACCAGGAACCGGAGUGUUUGAAGACGUACAGCAAAAGGUGUGCUACAUCCAAAAUAACUUCCUCGCGCCGCUGAGACGUUUCGAAGAGUCCACCGGUCAAAUCGUCCUCCCUCAAGUCUCCAACGAUAUCGUCCACAAAAUCUACGGCGCACUGGACGUGAACGAGUAUGAAUUAACCGGUUCCGCUGUCCUGGAGCUUUUGUACCCCAUCGCCUCUAUAUCGGAACAUAGUUGCGUGCCUAAUUGCCUCCAAGUGAUAGACGAGAGCGACAACUACAAGCUGACCUGCAGGGCGGCCUCCGCGAUCGCCCGUGGCGCUCACAUCAAAGCCUGUUACACGGAUUUGCUCAAGGGCACGCAGGAACGCCAACGGUAUUUGAGAGAGACCAAAUAUUUCACCUGCACCUGCGAGAGAUGCUCAGAUCCCACGGAGAUGGGAACCUUUUUCAGCGGUUUGGUGUGUCUCGGCACGGAACAGGAACCUUGCAAAGGUCUCCAGCUUCCGGAUCAGCCGACGACGUCGAAUCCCAAGUGGGUCUGCGACAGGUGCGGCAUUCGACUGCCCAACGAUGACGUAGUAAAAUUCGUGCGUCAUCUCGGCCACGAGGUCGACAAGCAGAUGGAGAAGAGGCCCAAGAUGGAAGAGCUGGAGGACUUUUUGAACAAGCUGUUGACGUUUUUGCACCCGAACCACUACUUGGUGUACCGGGUCAAACAUUCGUUGGUGCAGCUCUACAAGACCGAAGGGGAGUUGGAGAUAUCGCGGGGGUUUCUCGAGACGAAGCUGGAGAUGUGCGAGGAUCUCAUCUGGCUCACGAGGAAAAUUGAUCCGGGAAACGCGAGGUUAGGUUUGUACUUGGCGGUGCUUCUGUACGAAAAAUACCAGGCCCAGAGCAAACUAUUAACGAGAACCAUCGAACCCAACGACAUAGGUUCCUGGGAGUCUCAAAUCCAAAACGUUUUGAAACUGCUGCUCCAGUCCAAAAUGGCGCUUCGCUACGAGCUCCAAUCCGACGCCGGCUCCAAGCUCCAUGAGCUCCUGGAGCUGAGCGAGGAGCGUUUCAAGAGCUGGUUAAAUUCAAUCGGAGCCGAAACGUUAUGCGCCCGUUCCGCGAAAACCGGGAAAAUGGCCGACGCGGAAUCGUGUAAGUGCGCGGAAUGCGGUGAACCUGCAGCCCUAAAGUGUUCCGCGUGCAAGUUGGCUUCGUAUUGCGGCAAAGAGCACCAGAAAAGUCACUGGAAAGAUCACAGGGCGGUAUGUAGGCCGUUCGAGAUAGUAGUUGAUCCGGACAUAGGACGAUGCUUGGUGGCGACAAGAGAUCUAAAGCCUGGCGACCUUAUACUCACAGAAAACCCUUUGGUUUUCGGGCCCCGACCCCAUAUGGUGGAGGAAGGUCCGGUACCGUGUCCAGGAUGCUGCAGAUUGAUCAUCGGUGAAGGGGCGGCUAGAUGCGAGGGCUGCGAUUUCCCGGUCUGCAACCCCGAAUGUCCCGGCCUGAAGGACAUGGAGGUCCACGGUCACGAGUGCAUGAUCCUCGGUCUCAGAGACGUCAAAGCCAUCAACGGGCUUCACGAUUUCUACAGGCAGGACACGCUGCUGCCGCUGAGGUGCAUCCUUUUGCAAAACAGACAUCCGAAGAAGUUCGCCAAGCUCAUGGGGAUGGAGUCGCACCUAGAAAAACGAGGCGAGAACACCGAGAUUUACCGGGACAUCGAUAGUCGCGUGGUCGAUUACCUAAACGACAAUUUCUUCGUCCCUAUGCGAAUGCUCGAAGGCAAAUCCGGCAGACAAGUGUUAGAAGAUAUUUCCAAGCAGACGAUCCACAAAAUUUGCGGCAUUCUGGACGUCAACGCGCUGGAAAUCAACCAAGACUCGGAAGUGACCGCCCUAUACCCUAACGCUUAUCUGAUGGAACACAGCUGUGUCCAUAACACCAGGCAUUCUUUUGAAAGUGCCAAGAAAGGGUACGUUCUGACGGUGAAGGCUUCAGUGCCCAUCUCCAAAGGGGACCAUAUAUCGACGAUGUAUACCCACACCCUGUGGGGCACCCAAGCUAGAAGGGAACACCUGAAAGAAACCAAAUAUUUCACCUGCAAGUGUAGGAGAUGCGGGGAUCCUACUGAGCUCGGGUCGUACUUGAGCGCGUUGAAGUGCAUCGGGAACCAAGAGGAACCCUGCGGAGGAAUCCAGCUGCCAGUGGACCCUUUGGACGACAACACCGAGUGGACUUGUGACAAGUGCGAUGUGAAGCUCAGCAAUGCUGAGGUGUCGUUCCUGGUCAACCAGAUUGGCGAGGAAGUGGACCACGUUCAGCUAUCCAACCCAACAGUUAGAGACCUCGACGGGUUGCUGACAAAGAUGUUGAAUUUCGUUCAAUCCAACCACUACCACGCGUAUUCCGUGAAGCAUUCUCUGGUGCAGUUGUACGGUUACCAGCAGGGAUAUUUGCCCAAUCAGUUAACCGACGACUGCCUAGCGAAGAAAGCGGCAAUGGCCAGAGAACUGUUGGAUAUCAAUAAGAAAAUUGACCCGGCCACUUCGAGACUAGCUCUGUACUCCGGAGUAUUACUACACGAGUUAUAUUUGGCCAACAUGAUCUUGAUCAAGAGAAAAUGGGAUCUGGGCAUAAAGACCAAGGUCAAGUCGAUCAAUUCGAUGUUGAAGGAGUGCGACUAUUGUCUGAAGAACGCGGUGGCUAUGCUUUCCGACGAGAAGAACUCUCCGGCCGGCGAGAAGCUCGUCAGCUUGGUGGAGUCGUCCGCCAGAGAGUUCGAAAAGUUCGUCAGCAGGAACAAGAUCGACCUGUCGGCCGAAAAGGGCAAAUAAAAUUCUC